AUGAAACAUACUAGCAUCUUCAGAUCGUCAGGAGAAAAUCGACAUUGCAAUUUGAACGCGCAAUGGGAUCGGGCAGAGAAACCGGGUCGCAGUCGGGAUUCCGGUGAAGCGGGAAAGCCCGAAACCUUCCAAGAAGGCAUCCCGACCGGCUUGAAAGUCGGCAAGCCAGGCCAAGACCAUAGCCUCAGACAGCAGUGCAACCACCGCCGGGCAUCCAAUCUCGUCGUCGGGUUUGCUCAGCGGCGCAAACCACCGCGUUCCCUUGGGACGUGGAAGCACCCUGGAAACGCGCCAUCGUCGCGGUGCCUCCUCCAUCAUCCAUCUGAAAUGGAUCCAUACGGUGCUCGAGACCUUAUCUUCCUCGGACACCAUGAGGCACGACCCGGCCAUGGUUCUAAGACGACCACCCACGUCAAGCCUGGCAAAUCGUCGUCAUUUGCCAGGAACUAA